AAACCAAGACAAAAACACCCCCUAAUAACUUAAUACAUAGACCCUUCUUCUUCUUGUUCUUCUUUCUCUUUGGACAUUGAAGACAGAGACCCUUUGUUCCUAUGGCAGCAAGAAACCUGAGUUCAGAAGUUUUGAAGACCACUUUGUCAAACUCAAUCCAAGCUCUUGGUCGAGGCUUUGAUGUGACUUCAGAUAUUAGGCUUCUGUAUUGCAAAGGAGCACCUGGGUCAAGGCUUGUGAAUCUGGAUGAGAGUAAGGCUAAAGAUCUUGCUGUUUCUGAUGGGCUUGUGGUGCCAAACGUGCCUGCUGAUAUUGACUGCUCACCUGGGAAGAGAACCAUUGAGAGAGUCCCUGUCUGUAGCUUCCAUGAGAUGGCAGAAUACUUUAAUAAGAAAUCAGGUUUAUCUACCCGCAUACCUCUGGGAAGCUUCAAUGCCAUGUUUAAUUUUACUGGUUCUUGGCAAGUUGAUGCAGCAGCAACCAAAUACCUUGCUAUGGUUGGAUACUUUAUUCCUAUAUACAAAGUUAACUUGGAAACAGAAAAUUUGGUUCUGCGUGAUGAAAUCAAACAUGCUGUUCCUUACUCUUGGGAUCCUGCAGCUUUGGCAAGUUUUAUUGAGAACUUUGGUACACAUAUAGUCACGUCGGCGACAAUUGGUGGAAGAGAUGUGGUCUAUGUUAGGCAGCACCAGUCAUCUCCUUUAUCAUUAUCAGACAUUCAGAAUUAUGUGAAAGACAUCGGUGAUGAUAGGUUUAUUGACUCAAAAGGCCAGUCAAGUGCUGGCCCCUUAAAAUACAAGGACAAGGAUGUUACGGUCAUCUUCAGGAGGAGGGGAGGUGAUGAUCUUGAGCAGAGUCAUACCAAGUGGGCGGAGACAGUACAACUAGCACCAGAUGUGAUCAAUAUGACAUUUACACCUAUUGUUUCUCUUCUUGAAGGAGUGCCCGGAAUAAAGCACUUGAGCCGUGCAAUUGAGUUAUAUCUAGAGUACAAACCACCGAUUGAAGAUCUGCAGUAUUUCCUGGACUUUCAAAUUGCUCAAGUUUGGGCCCCAGAGCAAAAAAAUCUGCAAAGGAAAGAACCUGUCUGUUCAUCCCUUCAGUUCAGCUUGAUGGGUCCCAAGCUUUAUAUCAGUCCGGAUCAGGUAACAGUAGGCCGUAAGCCUGUCACAGGGCUCAGGCUUAACCUGGAAGGCAGCAAGCAGAACCGACUUGCUAUACAUUUGCAGCAUCUAGUGUCCCUUCCCAAGAUUCUUCAACCCCACUGGGAUGCACAUAUGGCCAUAGGUGCACCUAGGUGGCAAGGUCCAGAGGAGCAAGAUAGUCGUUGGUUUGAGCCAAUCAAGUGGAAGAACUUCUCCCACGUAAGCACUGCACCAAUAGAGCAUGUAGAAACUUCUAUUGGUGACCUGUCUGGUGUUCACAUUGUCACCGGAGCGCAGCUUGGCGUUUGGGAUUUUGGCGCCAAAAAUGUUUUGCACCUCAAACUCCUCUUUUCAAAAGUACCAGGCUGCACAAUCCGACGGUCGGUGUGGGAUCACAGUCCCGCCACCCCUUCUGCACAGAGGCCUGAUGGCUCUUCUUCGUCACAUUCAAAUAAUAGAAACUCUGAAGACAAAAAGGACAAACUAGGAAAGUUAGUAGACUUGACAGAAAUGUCAAAGGGGCCUCAAGAUAUCCCUGGACAUUGGUUAGUCACAGGAGCUAAGCUUGGAGUGGACAAGGGAAAGAUUGUAUUGCGUGUAAAAUACUCCUUGCUAAAUUACUGAUCCUCUGCCCUUUUUGAAGGUAAAUUGUAGGUUUUUUCUCCACUAAAUGACUACUUAGUCAAUCAUUCUUUGCACAGGCAAUCCCUGAGUUCUUUCAUGUACAUUUUGUCCCUGUCAUCUUCAAUUGAUGGUCACCUCAUCGUUUAUCUGCAGGCUUUUCAUUUAAAAUUGGUUGAGAUUUUUUCGUUCUUUAAUCAGACGACAAUUUUCAUAUGUUGAAUAAUCAUAUACCAGAUGUUCAUUUAUCUAUAAAUCCUUCCCAGUGA